CGUUGCUCAUCCAAGAGUUGGCAUGUUCAUGGUCCGACUGUAGACCCUGUGCCAGUACCUUAACCUUGUACUCCAGUGGCCUGCAGUGGGAUCCAUGGGUGCACUUGACCAAAUCCCGUCCGGAAUGCGAUUCGCAAACAGCAUUCAUCAGGUAGCGAGGAAAAUGCAGUCUGCCCAGAUCCAAGAGUUCGUUCUAGAUGGGAUUAAAUGAAAGCUGUAAACAUCCACUAAUUAUUGCUGUGACAGCAAGCAAACAAACCGUGACUUUACAAUCGCAGCCAGUGGAAUGGACAUCGUUGCGUUUGGUGGUCAGCAAAUCCUCAUAGAAAUCGUUGUAAUACAUGGGCGGCAGCUGAUGUGGCACCGCCAUCGCAAUCUCUGUGGGAUGUGGAGUACUAGGACCAAAACCGAAAAGAGCACUCAGCAUUUUGGAUGAACUGCUGCGAUCGGAUUGCUGCUCCUCCGCCUGCUGUUCCAGACAUUGCGGUUCGCAGCUCCUUAGACCCACCAACUCAUCGAAGACUCCAUCGCUGGAGUAUAGAUUGGCAUAUCCUUUACUAGCCAGGCUAAGUAGCGCCAGCGCUGUUAUGGAAAUUGGCAACUUGGGAAGGAAAGAGAGGUAAAUUUACUAUCCAUGUUAAUUAAGAUUUCAGAUGACUUACCCACGGCAUCCUGCUCGAUCUGUGCUUGUCCAGGGCUGAACUCCUUCUGCGGCUCUGGCCAAGAAGCCACCGCACUUUUAUACCCAUUUAGGACAAAGGUCGCCGCUCGGAUUACCUUUUGUGGCUGGGCAGCAGCAGCCAAGCAGCAUCCAUUACGGUCCGUCACCUGGACAGGAUGAAACAAUGGACAUUCAACAGUUGACACACCACAACAAUGGCAACAAACCACGCCAGGCUCAAGUGGCCCACUGGCUGAUGGGGUUGAGUCGUUCGGCUAUUUAUACUUUUUUGCGGCUUUCAAUGGGGAAAUGGCUUUAAGGCCUCAAGUGCCGCCAGAGGUGUAGGUGGCUCUGGGUGUGGAAGUGGGAGUGGCAGUGCCCAAAGGAAGCCCACUGACCCAGACAUGUGUGUAUACUGAACGCAGGCAAUCUGAUCCCCGCCCAAUGAUGACAUUGACCAGGGUGGGUUUUUUGGGUUCCGAAAUAGCUCCGAAAACGUUUUACUGUAGCAUACUUUUGGGUAAAAUGGGCUUGGUUUCAAUGGAUUUCCGAUUGAAUUUAAAUUUUCCGGAAUUUCCUUCUGCAGAGGAAGCAACUUAUGUUGUAGAUUUCCAAUCAGUUUCAUUCAAUUUGAUAGUAUUUUUCAAUUGAAAAAAUUAUAUAAUUUCAAUACUAAAUAGUAUAACCCCUAUACUUUUUAGUUUCAUUUCUAUAUCGAUGUCUAAAACUGUAGUAUUAUUAAACCACAUAAGUUUAUUUAUUAAUAUUUUGUACCCAAUAAUUUUAAAUUAAUGUAAAAUAGUUUAGUUUCUUUGACAAUUUUUUUAAAGAAGGCUAAAAAGUUUAGAGGUACUAUGUUUACUUUAACAAUAUUUCCAAAUUCCAUCCUCCAACGCCUCCUUCCGCUCGCUCCCACUAUGAGCUCACUAUGCCUUCCAUUUUGGCCAACUCGGGUCAGGUGCAGCGCCUGUGGCAUAACGAACUGCGUCCGGCUAGAACGACUGGCCAAGAGGCUAGACCGGGUCAGACCUUUGGGCUGCAGACGACUAUAGUCUAUGGAAUAGACCUCUGCUCGUAGGGAGCCCGCGAGUGUGUGAGAAACAGUGGACUCGGGGCGACUUCUAGGGCUUCUGUCGACGGGUAGCACGCACUACUGUCACUGUCCGCUGUGGACAUCCAAAUCCUCCUCAGUCGAAUUCGCGUCGUUGAGGCAAGAGCAUUGCCUGUGCCACACAGUUUGACAUGCACAGCGGGAAAAUCUGACUGCCCAAUAGCCAUCAAACUGCUAAAAUCGAGUGUAACAAGAAGACGGAAAUCCGGAGGAGAUGUUGCUUCCUCUGGUGGCGGAUUUAUGCUGAGCUCUGCAUUUCUGGGGAGACUCCAUCCGCUGUUGUUGUUGUUGUACAGUUUUUCCGCAGUCGAAUUUGUCGAAGCGGAAAAGCGAAACGAAGCAUCGCCGCGAAGCCCUCGAAGUGUCGACGAAAAUCGUUAAAAAAUAGAAAAACACUCGGCGACUAUGUCACGACGGGCUUGAAGACCCCCGCCUCCCCCCAUUUCCAUCCAUCCGCACUAGGGAGAUAUUGAGAUUGAGCGAGAUCCAAGCCGCAGUGGUGGCCACCACCUCACCACCUACUCCAUCCAUCUAAUCUCAUCCACACCCAACUCAGGAUUCGCAUGGACAAAGGCACAAUGAAGCGCAAGCAGAGGCGAUACAGAACCACCUUCAACACGCUGCAGCUGCAGGAGCUGGAGAGGGCAUUCCAGCGCACCCACUAUCCGGAUGUGUUCUUCCGCGAGGAGCUGGCCGUUCGCAUCGAUUUGACGGAGGCACGGGUGCAGGUGUGGUUCCAGAACCGACGGGCGAAGUGGCGAAAGCAGGAGAAGAUCGUCGGUCCGGGCGGGGAGUACAAGGAGGGAGCGCUGGAUCUCGAUGUGGCCUACGACGAUAGUGCUGUACUGGGUCAACUGGAUAGUGCGCUGGGUGGUGGGGGCAACCUACUGCCGGAUACUCCACCGCAGUCCUCCAACUCCCUGGACAACGAACUCAAGGCUUCCUACGGCACUGGAGCCAUGUCGCCCUCCCGCCUGUCGCCAAAUAUUUUCCUCAACCUCAACAUUGACCACCUGGGACUGGAGCGAGGUGGCAGUGGGCUCUCCAUGGAAUGGUCCACCUAUCCACCGCAAACGCAAGCGCAGACACAACCGCAGAUGGACCCGGAAAAUCAACUUCAGCAACAGCAGCACCCGCCACAACAGAUGCAAACCCAGUCGAAUCCUCAUCAGCAACAUCAGCAGAAUCAGCAGAAUCAGCACCAUCACACUGUGCAGGGUCUGGAAUUCGCCGCCUCCUUGAAUCUGGACAUGACCACCGAUGGCUCCUCCGGCUACGAUGACAUGAAGUUCCUCAGCGUGGACGUGGACCAGUUCACGAUCGACAGCUUCAAGGCGGACUGCAUCCUCAGCAUGGAGCAGUCGCAAAUGCAGCCCUAUGUGGGUCACUCCCAGCUGGUUGGCUCCUCCAAUGAACUGUGCCUGGAGGGGAUUGGCAUAUCCGCCUUUGGCAUGGAGGAGGGCGAUCCAAAGACGCCACCCUCACUCUUGGUGCUGGAUAAGACGCUGCCCUCGUUGAGCAUUGGCGUGGAGGGAAUCGUUGAUCUUGUGGAGCAACUGCAUCAUCAUCACCAGCAUGAAGGCGGUUCAGUGGGAGCUGGUGAUGUUUUGUGAAUCCAACUUAGCCUUAAUUAAUAUUGCGAGUGAGCGAGUGUCCCUGGCUGGAUUAGACAUUUCCUGGGCCUGCAAAGCUUGCAGGACUUAAGCCAAAGCCUUCAAGGGAUUGAAGCUGGGUGAGGCCCGUCGGAGAGGGAAAGACUGGCUGCUGCUGGAGGCACGGGCACCCGGCUCAGCUAGCUUAACACCUUGGCAAGCUCCUUGUGGAUUUUGCGAGGCCAAGGGCCACCCAGAUGCCACCCCCCAUUUUGGAUGCUGUCGUCAGCCAUUUUGCAUCUGACAAUGACGAGGACAAUAAGCUAAUUGAGGCUGAGGUGGAUGUCGCAGCGGGCGGACAGGCCGCAGAAUCAGAUACACACCAGCACGCUCGGAUGGCCAAAAAAUGUUUAUUAUCCCCGGUCGAGGGUUGACAUGACGGCCCAUGGUUGCGGAUGUGGAUGCGGAUGAGGAUGAGAAUACGACCGGUUGCCAUUGGAUAAUCUUCUGUUAUGAGGCCGCGCAACAAUGCGCACUGAUAAUCGCCUGUCUUUUUUCCAAAGUGAUUGAAGAUCUGACAAGUCAGUAAAAAAUUUUAUAUUUAUAAUUUUAUAAACAUAGUUUAACUUUUUAACUACAAGAAAAGAAACAAACUUUGACAAGA